GGAGAAGGGACUCUGGCAUCAGGCUAGUCAAUAAACUCUGCGAUGGUGACAUCUCCCUGCGGGGCCAGGUGCUGCUGCCACCCACCUCUCUCCUGCCAUCAUGCCUCUGCUUUAGCCCCAGUGAUGAUGGCCUGACAGCACUGUGAUUCCCUCCCCCUACCCGUCUUUUUUUUUUUUUCUUUCCUUUUCUUUUUUUGGAGGGGAGCUCGGAUCAUGGCCUUGGGGCUCCGCAAGCUGCUGCUGCUUACCUCCAGCUGCGCCUUUAAGGACCAGCGAAAAAGAUGGGACUCAAGUCCAGGAAGGCAGCAGCUGCGGGGAACGCUGGUAGCGGGGAGCAAGAAGAGAAGAAAGUAGGACUCACGGCUGGGGAGCUGGAGCAAGGUUCUUUGGCCUUGGGAGCUGGAGCAGAUAAAGAUGGGACCCUGCUGCUGGAAGGAACCGGGAAGGAAGAGGGGGGGAAGAGGAAUCCGCAAGGGAUUGGGCUUUUGGCCAAAACACCUCUGAGCAGACCUGUCAAGAGGAACAAUGCCAAGUACAGGAGGAUCCAAACUUUAAUCUAUGACGCCCUGGAGAGACCCAGAGGGUGGGCGCUGCUGUAUCAUGCCUUCGUAUUUCUGAUAGUUCUGGGGUGUUUGAUCUUAGCCGUCCUAACAACUUUCAAGGAAUAUGAAACUGUUUCAGGAGACUGGCUGCUGCUGUUGGAAACAUUUGCCAUUUUCAUCUUUGGAGCAGAGUUUGCCUUAAGAAUCUGGGCUGCUGGGUGUUGCUGUCGCUAUAAAGGAUGGAGGGGGAGGCUCAAAUUUGCCAGGAAGCCUUUGUGUAUGUUGGAUAUCUUUGUGUUGAUUGCCUCUGUGCCAGUGGUAGCUGUUGGGAACCAGGGCAAUGUUCUGGCGACGUCGCUCAGAAGUCUGCGCUUCCUUCAGAUCCUGCGGAUGCUCCGAAUGGACAGGAGGGGAGGCACGUGGAAGCUUUUGGGAUCAGCUAUUUGUGCACAUAGCAAAGAGCUCAUCACUGCUUGGUACAUCGGGUUCCUGACCCUUAUCCUCUCCUCAUUCCUUGUUUACCUGGUCGAGAAAGAUGUGCCUGAAAAGGAUGCCCAUGGAGUCGAGAUGAAAGAAGAGUUUGAAACCUAUGCAGACGCACUGUGGUGGGGGCUGAUUACCCUAGCAACAAUUGGCUACGGUGACAAGACCCCCAAAACUUGGGAGGGGCGGCUGAUAGCAGCCACAUUCUCUCUUAUUGGAGUUUCAUUUUUUGCUCUUCCUGCCGGCAUCUUGGGUUCAGGGCUGGCUCUGAAAGUCCAGGAACAACAUCGUCAGAAACAUUUUGAGAAAAGAAGAAAGCCGGCAGCAGAACUUAUACAGGCUGCCUGGAGGUACUAUGCUACUAACCCCAACAGGAUGGAUCUCGUCGCCACCUGGAGGUUUUAUGAAUCAAUUGUAUCGUUUCCAUAUUUCAGAAAAGAGCAAUUGGAUGGUACUGCCAGCCAAAAGCUGGGUCUCUUGGAUCGGGUUCGUGGUACCAAUACUAAAGGAAAGCUAUUUACCCCUCUGAAUGUAGAUGCCAUUGAAGAAAGUCCUUCUAAAGAGCCUAAGAAUGUUGGCUUGAAUAAUAAGGAGCGUUUUCGCACUGCAUUCCGAAUGAAAGCGUACGCCUUUUGGCAAAGCUCAGAAGAUGCAGGAACAGGGGAUCCCAUGACUGAAGAUAGGGGUUACAGUAAUGAGUUCCUCAUGGAAGAUAUGAUCCCCACAUUGAAGGCAGCCAUCCGAGCUGUCAGAAUACUACAGUUUCGUCUCUAUAAAAAGAAAUUCAAGGAGACUUUGAGGCCUUAUGAUGUAAAGGAUGUGAUAGAGCAAUAUUCAGCAGGGCACCUUGAUAUGCUUUCCAGAAUAAAAUACCUUCAGACAAGAGUAGAUAUGAUUUUUACCCCUGGACCUCCAUCUACUCCCAAGCAUAAGAAAUCCCAAAAGGGAGGAGCUUUUUCUUACCCUUCACAACAAUCUCCCAGAAAUGAUCAAUAUGUAGCCAAAGCAUCCACAGCAGAUACUGAAGACCAAAGUAUGAUGGGCAAAUUUGUUAAAGUUGAAAGACAGGUUCACGACAUGGGGAAGAAACUGGAUUUUCUAGUCGAUAUGCACAUGCAACAUAUGGAGCAGCUGCAAGUACAAGUCACUGAGUUGUGUCCUUUGAAAGAAGCUGCCUCCCCAGCAGAAGAGAAGAGAGAGGAAAACAGAUACUCUGAAUUGAAAAGCAUAAUCUACAAAUACUCGGAGCCUUGCACUCAUGAAACUCCUUAUAACUUUCACCAGGUUCCAGUACACAAAGUCGGUCCAUAUGAUUUCUUAGCACAGGAUCCAAUGAAUUUUUCGCGCCCUUUUUCAUUAGGUGGGCAAAACUCUGGCAAGUUGCAGGCCAUGCCUUCUUCGACUUCAUAUGCAGAAAGGCCAACAGUUUUGCCUAUACUCACAUUCAUAGACUCCCGAGUUAGGUACCAGUCCCAAGGGGACCUGCAGAGCCCCAAUUCUGACAGGAUAUCUCCAAGACAGAAAAGGAGCUUGACAAGAGACAGCGACACCCCAUUAUCCCUUCUUUCCGUCAACCAUGAGGAGCUUGAACGCUCCCCAAGUGGAUUCAGUAUCUCCCAAGACAAAGAAGACUUCCCUUUUGGUCCAAAUGGAGGAUCAACCUGGAUGAGAGAGAAACGCUACCUAGCAGAGGGUGAAACAGACACAGAUACUGACCCUUUUACACCAAGUGGCUCCAUGCCUUUGUCUUCAACAGGGGAUGGGAUUUCAGAUUCAAUAUGGACCCCUUCAAACAAGCCAGUUUAA